GACUGGGGGGGAUGGUGGGAGGUUUUCGGGCUCCUCGGCAGCGUCUGUUCCUGAGCGGCAGCGGCGAGAGGCGGCCCGGGCGCCCCGGCGAUGACCGCCGCGCGUUGGUAGCAGCCGUGGGGCCCCUGGGUGGCACUGGCCGCUGGACCCGGAGCCCGACUCCGAAGUUGGGCAACUGUGGACUCGCAGCGACCUCGCAGCCCUCCUCGCGCUCGGCGGCGCGUUCGCCCCCUUGGGGCGUGUGAGGCGAGAAAGGCAGAGGAAGACGGCGUUGGGCGCUUGCACCCGGUUCUCUGCCGGCGUCUCCAUGGCUGUGUAGCGGAAGAAAAGAGGGAGAGGACUUUUCCCUUGCUGUGCCCUGCGCCUGGGGUCUCCGUAGCCCGCUGCCGUCUCCGCGCUCUCGAGUCCGACUCUGGGCCGCGUGUGGCGGGGGAGUCGCCGCUGGGGCCGCCCCCGGCUUUGGGCCCUGCUCAUGGCUGGAUUGUGGAAACUGCGCCUGGCUGCAGGUUGCUGAGCGGCGGAUGGGACCUCUUCGGCACCGGCGGCCACGAAAGAAAUUAAUUCACUGAAUUGGAGGGGAAAAAACCAUGGAUUUCUAGCAAUUCAAGAACCAAUGAAGGUUUCAGAUUUGGAAUUUCGGUGUUUCAGUUUUGAGGAAUUCGUUGUUUUCUAUUUUGAGUCUUUUUAAAAACAAUCGUUGGAGUGCAGAAGCGGACCAGCAGUACUUAAUUUGAGUCCACCUGGGAAAUACUGAUUCUUCAGGAACUCUCAAGCCUGACUCCACCGCCAUGAGGUCAUCCCAGCUGCUAAUCUUCAUGAUGCUCUUAGCACCAGUAGCUCAUGGUGGCAAGCACAGUGAGCGACAUCCAGCCCUCGCUGCUCCCCUGCGACAUGCUGAUCGUGGCCAAGGAGGCGCUCUCCCGCCCCGACAUCUCCUCCAGCAGCCUGCAGCCGAGCGCGCCACUGCUCAUCGCGGACAAGGGCCUCGAGGAACCUCCAGAGGAGUUCGUGCCCAAGGAGCGCAGAUUGCAGCCCAAGCCUUCAGCCGAGCGCCGAUCCCCAUGGCCGUGGUGCGCAGAGAGCUCUCCUGUGAGAGCUACCCCAUCGAGCUCCGCUGCCCAGGGACGGACGUCAUCAUGAUCGAGAGUGCCAACUAUGGGAGGACUGAUGAUAAAAUCUGCGAUUCUGACCCUGCGCAGAUGGAGAACAUCCGGUGUUAUCUGCCAGAUGCCUAUAAGAUCAUGUCUCAAAGAUGCAACAACAGAACGCAGUGUGCAGUGGUGGCAGGCCCUGAUGUUUUUCCAGACCCGUGUCCAGGAACCUACAAAUACCUUGAAGUGCAGUAUGAAUGUGUCCCCUACAUUUUUCUUUGUCCUGGACUUCUGAAAGGAGUAUAUCAGAGUGAGCACUUGUUUGAGUCGGACCACCAGUCUGGGGCGUGGUGCAAAGACCCUCUGCAGGCUUCGGACAAGAUUUACUACAUGCCCUGGACUCCCUACAGAACCGACACCCUGACUGAGUACUCAUCCAAGGAUGACUUCAUCGCGGGAAGGCCAACGACGACGUACAAGCUCCCUCACAGGGUGGAUGGCACGGGCUUCGUCGUGUACGAUGGAGCUUUGUUCUUUAACAAGGAGCGCACCAGGAAUAUAGUAAAGUUUGACUUGAGGACUAGGAUCAAGAGUGGAGAGGCCAUCAUAGCCAAUGCCAAUUACCACGACACCUCCCCUUACCGCUGGGGAGGCAAAUCGGACAUAGACCUAGCAGUGGAUGAAAAUGGGCUAUGGGUAAUCUAUGCAACAGAACAAAACAAUGGCAAAAUUGUCAUUAGCCAGUUGAACCCUUAUACCCUCCGGAUCGAAGGGACGUGGGAUACGGCAUAUGAUAAGAGAUCAGCUUCCAAUGCUUUUAUGAUUUGUGGGAUUCUGUACGUGGUCAAAUCUGUGUAUGAAGAUGAUGACAAUGAGGCCACUGGAAAUAAGAUCGACUACAUUUACAACACCGAGCAGAGCAAGGAUAGUUUGGUGGAUGUGCCCUUUCCUAAUUCUUACCAAUACAUAGCAGCUGUGGAUUACAAUCCCAGGGACAACCUACUUUACGUGUGGAAUAACUACCACGUUGUGAAAUAUUCUUUGGACUUUGGACCUCUGGAUAGUAGAUCAGGGCAGGUGCACCAUGGGCAGGUGUCAUACAUUUCCCCGCCAAUUCACCUGGACGCUGAGCUGGGAAGACCACCAGUUAGAGGAAUCUCCACCACAGGACCCCUGGGCAUGGGCAGCACCACCACCAGUACCACCCUUCGCACCACGACGUGGAGCCCAGGCAGGAGUACCACGCCGUCCAUGUCUGGCAGGAGGAACCGGAGUACCAGCACCCCGUCUCCGGCGGUCGAGCUGCUGGAUGACAUCACCACACACCUUCCCUCAGCCUCAUCCCAGGUGCCAGCUCCAGAAGAGAGCUGUGAGGCUGUAGAAGCCCGUGAAAUCAUGUGGUUCAAGACCCGUCAAGGCCAGACAGCCAAGCAGCCGUGCCCUGCGGGGACCAUCGGUGUAUCUACUUACCUAUGCCUUGCUCCUGAUGGGAUCUGGGAUCCCCAGGGACCUGACCUCAGCAACUGUUCAUCUCCUUGGGUCAAUCAUAUAACACAGAAGUUGAAAUCUGGAGAGACAGCUGCCAACAUCGCCAGAGAGCUGGCUGAACAGACAAGAAAUCACCUGAAUGCUGGGGACAUCACCUACUCAGUACGCGCCAUGGACCAGCUGGUGGGCCUCCUGGAUGUGCAACUCAGGAACUUGACGCCAGGUGGAAAAGACAGUGCUGCCCGCAGUUUGAACAAGCUUCAGAAAAGAGAGCGCUCUUGCAGAGCCUAUGUCCAGGCUAUGGUCGAGACAGUUAACAACCUCCUUCAGCCACAAGCUUUGAAUGCAUGGAGAGACCUCACUACAAGCGAUCAACUGCGUGCAGCCACCAUGUUGCUCGACACCGUGGAGGAAAGUGCUUUUGUGCUGGCUGAUAACCUUUUGAAGACCGACAUUGUCAGGGAGAACACAGACAACAUUCAAUUGGAAGUUGCCAGGCUGAGCACAGAAGGAAACUUGGAGGAUCUGAAAUUUCCAGAAAGCACGGGCCAUGGAAGCAGUAUUCAGCUGUCGGCAAAUACAUUGAAGCAGAAUGGCCGAAAUGGAGAGAUCAGAGUGGCCUUUGUUUUGUAUAACAACUUGGGUCCUUAUCUGUCCACGGAGAAUGCCAGCGUGAAGUUGGGAACAGAAGCUAUGUCCACAAAUCAUUCAGUUAUCGUCAAUUCCCCUGUUAUUACGGCAGCAAUAAACAAAGAGUUCAGUAAUAAGGUCUAUUUGGCUGAUCCCGUGGUAUUUACUGUUAAGCACAUCAAGCAGUCAGAGGAAAAUUUUAACCCCAACUGUUCAUUUUGGAGCUAUUCCAAGCGCACAAUGACAGGCUACUGGUCAACACAAGGCUGUCGGCUCCUGACAACCAACAAGACACAUACUACGUGCUCCUGUAACCACCUGACCAACUUUGCAGUAUUGAUGGCACACGUGGAAGUUAAGCACAGUGACGCCGUACAUGAUCUUCUUCUGGACGUGAUCACGUGGGUUGGAAUUUUGCUGUCCCUUGUUUGCCUCCUGAUUUGCAUCUUCACGUUUUGCUUUUUCCGCGGACUCCAGAGUGACCGUAAUACCAUCCACAAGAACCUCUGCAUUAGCCUCUUUGUAGCAGAGCUGCUCUUCCUAAUUGGAAUCAACCGAACGGACCAACCAAUCGCCUGUGCUGUUUUUGCUGCCCUUUUACACUUUUUCUUCUUGGCUGCUUUCACCUGGAUGUUUCUGGAAGGUGUGCAACUCUACAUCAUGUUGGUGGAGGUUUUUGAGAGCGAACAUUCACGUCGGAAAUACUUUUAUCUGGUUGGCUAUGGAAUGCCUGCUCUCAUUGUGGCUGUGUCGGCGGCCGUAGACUACAGGAGCUAUGGAACAGAUAAAGUAUGUUGGCUCCGACUCGACACCUACUUCAUUUGGAGUUUUAUAGGACCCGCGACCUUGAUAAUUAUGCUUAAUGUAAUCUUCCUUGGCAUUGCUUUGUAUAAAAUGUUUCACCAUACUGCCAUACUGAAGCCUGAAUCCGGUUGUCUUGAUAAUAUCAAGUCAUGGGUUAUAGGUGCAAUAGCCCUUCUCUGCCUGUUAGGAUUGACCUGGGCCUUUGGACUCAUGUACAUUAAUGAAAGCACAGUCAUCAUGGCGUAUCUCUUCACCAUUUUCAAUUCUCUACAGGGAAUGUUUAUCUUCAUUUUCCAUUGUGUCCUACAGAAGAAGGUACGAAAAGAGUAUGGGAAAUGCCUGCGAACACACUGCUGUAGUGGCAAAAGUACAGAGAGUUCCAUCGGCUCAGGAAAAACAUCUGGUUCUCGAACUCCUGGACGCUACUCCACAGGCUCCCAGAGCCGAAUCCGCAGAAUGUGGAACGACACUGUCCGAAAACAGUCAGAAUCGUCUUUUAUCACGGGAGACAUAAACAGUUCAGCGUCACUCAACAGAGAGGGGCUUCUGAACAAUGCCAGGGAUACAAGUGUCAUGGAUACUCUACCACUGAAUGGUAACCAUGGCAACAGCUACAGCAUCGCUGGUGGCGAGUACCUGAGCAACUGUGUGCAAAUCAUCGACCGCGGCUACACCCACACCGAGACCGCCCUCGAGAAAAAGAUCCUGAAGGAACUCACUUCCAACUACAUCCCUUCCUACCUGAACAACCACGAGCGCUCCAGCGAGCAGAGCAGGAACCUGAUGAACAAGCUGGUGAACCACGUGGGCGGCGGGAGCGAGGACGACGCCAUCGUGCUGGACGACGCCACGUCCUUCACCCACGAGGAGAGCCUGGGCCUGGAGCUCAUCCACGAGGAAUCCGACGCGCCCCUGCUGCCCCCCAGGGUGUACUCGGCAGACCACCACCAGCCCCACCACUACAGCCGGCGGCGCCUGCCGCAGGACCACAGCGAGAGCUUCUUCCCACUGCUGACGAGCGAGCACACGGAGGAGCUGCCCGCGUCGCCGCGCCGGGACUCGGUCUACACCAGCAUGCCGGCGCUGGGGGCCGAGGCUGUGGCCGCCGGGCCCCCGCCCGAGGCACCUGCCGCCCGGGCGGCCGGGGGCUGCGACGCGGACGACGUGUACUACAAGAGCAUGCCGAACCUGGGCUCGCGGAACCACGUGCACCAGCUGCACACCUACUACCAGCUGGGGCGAGGCAGCAGCGACGGCUUCAUCGUGCCCCCCAACAGGGAGGGCAGCCCCCCGGACAAGGGGCCCUCGCAUCUGGUCACCAGUCUCUAGGGGUGAUGUCCGAGGUGGUCGUCGUGUGUGUGCUCCCAGACUUUUGACGCCUUGGUCCGGAGACCUGUGCAAACUCGCAGACGUUGCUUGCUUUCGUUACCCCGAUUUCAUUUUUUUUUUCCCUUUUCUUUCUUUCUUUUCUUUUCUUUUUUAAAGCUGGGAAUUUUAGGUCAGCCCAGGGGAGAAAGAUUAACUGCUGAAAUGUGCCCUGUGCCCCUCUCUUCCCUGUCCCUUCCCUCUGGUGGAGACUUCAUUAUGUUAAUGAAGGAAAGAUGGAGCAACGUGCUCGCGGUGGCCUU